AUGUCCCUCAUUGGGACCUUGCGGACUUCUUGCUCCACCUCAACAUUUGACCUACACACCGCCGAUAUUGACCCUAUAAAACUCUCGCGCCGGUCCUCCUCCGAAGACUCAUCGACGUUGCUCCACUCUUCAACAAUUACUGCGACUGCUUCAAUGACAGCCCGCCUUUCCCCUUCUUCAUCAGCUCUAUCAUCAACCUCCUCGACCACAUCAGCCUCGUCAUCCGUCUUCUCGUCCACUUCGUCCUCGCAAGCUCCCGUUACUGCAAUUCACCAGCACACGACCACCGUUGAGUUCAACCCAUUCAAGCCCACUCGGGAUUCUGCUGAUAUACCACUACCGCCAGCUAAGGAACCAAGCAUCGAUGCACCUUCAAGUGGACGGCGAUAUACCAGCAAAGAUGCUUCACGGUCACCUUCAUCUUCGGCCUCAGGACGGACAUCUUCGACAUCAACACCGGUAGGAUCGGUUCCACAAGUCGGACCAAUGGAGCCACUGUUUUUCGGCGACUAUCAUUUCCCGGACCAUCCAACGCUCCAGGAUCUCCUCCAGGUCUUCCUUCUCGACAAAAGCUCAAAGCAAAAGGACUUUCACCAGUCAUUGCAACUCCACGCACACCUCAUGGGCUUGGUCCUUUCAGCAAGAGUUUCCCGCGGUCUCGAUUUUGCGUACGAUCAUGCACACGACGCCUUCAAGAACAAGCAGAGACCGGACAGACGAGCAGAAUUCGUUUCUUCUUACAACCACUCGUACGAAGAAACAGAUCGGAUCCUGCAGAAUUGCCUUGCACACCCUCAGCCCAGACCUAGCUUCCUGGACAUGAUGAGUCAAGUUUCCUCGUCGACUAUUCUAGCCUUUUUGCAUCGACUGCGGACAGAUCCCACCAUUCUUGCGACUGCUUUCAGGAACCUUCAAUCCCAGGAGCUGGACUCUCUUCUUCUUGUCGAGAAACCUGUGCAGACGACGCACCAUUCGCAUUCAGGAAGUCGGAGUGGUAGGGAGCGUUCGUAUGGAGUAGGCUCGAUCGGCCAUGGCUAUCAACAGUCAGCGUCACAACCACAUCUUUUCACAUCACAGCAACAACAGCAGAACCAACAAAGACAACAGCUACCAACAUCAUCUACCAUACCCAACUUUAUCAAUAAUCAGGAUGUCGUGCAUAUUAUUUUCGGCAACCUCUUUGGCCCGUCCUCGUUUGAGCGGGAGCACACCCUUCGGACUCGGACGGUUGUGAGCAUCUUUGUGGCGCUACUGUCGGAGAAGAAGGGUGAGCGACUGAUGGUAGAGAUGCUGGAGCGGUAUGUCAUCCAAUCGGAAUGGCAGCAUGUGAGUCGGGUCAAGGCAGGAUUCGAGAAGACGCUUCUGGACCUUAUCUACAAAGGCGAGUGGGCACUAGCAGGAUUUUCGGACGAGGAGCUCAAUGCCAACUUGCUCCCGUUCGCUCAAGGACCUAGUCAGCACCUUCAUCAUGUACAUCACCAACAUCAUCAGUCACUAGGUCGCAUGCCGAGCGUUCCAGUCAUGAAAGUUGUGACGUCCGACGACCUAGCCACAGGGGUCAAGGACAAUGGCGAUUCCUCAGGUGACAGUGACGGACGAUCAAGAGCGCAUGGGAACCGUGAUGGAACAGGCCGACUGGCAGUCGUGGAGGAGUUCUAUACGGAAGCAUGCUUGGAUAUUCUGAGUACACUCAAGAAUUUCACUCCGCCCUGGCUUCUCGAGAUAUCCCGGAUGAUCUUUGCUGAGCUGGAUGGUGGAGCGAGAGCGUACGCUUCCCUGAUCAUCAUCGUCAAGUUCUUCUUUUACCGGUUCAUGAACAAAUGCAUCGCCUAUCCGGAGGUAAUGUACAAUAGCCACUAUUACUUCGCACCAGUUUGCUGGUGA